GAAUAAAAACCGCCCCUUUAAAAUCUCGCCGGUCUCUUUCCUCUCCGGUCACGGCAAUCCUCCUCCUCAGCCGUCGCCUCGCCCUCCGCGCUCCCAAUCGCCGCCCCCAAUCCCUCCUCAGCCGCCGCCGCCGUUACCCCCCAGCCGGCCACCAUGAUGCACAUGACCUUCUACUGGGGCAAGUCCGCCACGAUCCUCUUCGACGGCUGGCGCACCUCCACGUGGCUCGGCUACCUCCUCUCCCUCGUCGCCCUGCUCCUCGCCGCCGCCUUCUACCAGUACCUCGAGGCGCUCCGGAUCCGCGUCAAGCUCGCCGCGGGAGGGGACGCGGGCAAGCAGCAGGCCCCCUCCAUCCCGCCGCCCGCCGGCUCCGACCCGUCGCGGGCGCCGCUCCUCGCGCCCGCCCUCGCCUUCGCCGCCGGGCGGUGGCCGGCGCGGGUGGCCGUGGCCGCGAUGUUCGGGGUCAACUCCGGCCUGGGAUACCUCCUCAUGCUCGCCGUCAUGUCGUUCAACGCCGGCGUGUUCAUCGCCGUCGUCGUGGGGCUUGCGCUCGGGUACCUCGCGUUCCGCAGCAGCGACGGGGAGGAUCUCGUCGUUGUCGACAACCCCUGCGCCUGCGCGUGAAGGCUCUACCGGAUGGGGUCGCCGGCUUGCUGCCCCAGGUUUCGCUUCGCGGAGACGGAGUUGUUGUAUAACACAGGUAUCAUAAUAAAAAAUCAUGUACAAAUUCAGUUGUGUGAUUGGAGGAUUUGCAGUGUUCAUGUGCUGUUUGGGGGAAUUGUAGAGUAAAGAAUGAGAAAAAUUGCCUUGUUUCUUCUAACAAAUUGAUGAAUUGAUUCCUUUCUGAACGAAGAUUUGGGGGUA